GGAACGCAAGAGGCCGAGCCGCUCCCCUAUAGUGCGAGAGGAAAAAUAGUCCCGACGCGGAGGGGAAGGAGAAGUGAAUAGAGAAGGAGCGCGUAGAGAGGCGACGCAAGAGGCCGCACGCUUUCCGUUCCAGCCCGCAUUCUUUUCCGGUCAGCAGCCAGAGCGGAGUGUUUGGCUAUUGGUUGUGAGGCUGCGGCGGAAGGAUACGCGCAAAAGCAAAGGCGUCUUUCGACUUGGCGAGUGCAGGGAAGGGGCGCGGAAGUAGUCCCGGCCCCGGCGGAGCGCCGCGAGGGGAUCCCUCCGCCCGUGCCUGUCUCUCCGAAGGUGCCUCAGUCGGGGAGGCCGAAGGAAGGAGGCGGAAGGAAGGAAGGAAGGAGAGGCUUGGACGGGUUUUUUUUGAGACAGCGUUGCAUGAAGGCUUUAGUAGUAAAACGGAACUGACUACCAUGUGCUAGGAUACAAAGAUUGUGGAUUUUUUUUUACGUGUGCUUCUGGAUUAUAAAGUAGGAAGCUGUUAACAUGGGGAGGAAGAAAAUACAGAUCACAAGAAUAAUGGACGAACGGAAUAGACAGGUGACCUUCACAAAGAGGAAGUUUGGAUUAAUGAAGAAAGCCUAUGAACUGAGUGUGCUUUGUGACUGUGAAAUAGCACUCAUCAUUUUUAACAGUUCUAACAAGCUCUUUCAGUAUGCAAGCACGGAUAUGGACAAAGUUCUCCUCAAAUACACGGAGUACAAUGAACCGCAUGAGAGCAGAACCAACUCAGAUAUUGUUGAGACUUUAAGAAAGAAAGGCCUUAAUGGUUGUGAGAGCCCUGAUGCUGACGAUUACUUUGAGCACAGUCCACUCUCGGAGGACAGAUUCAGCAAACUAAAUGAAGAUAGUGAUUUUAUUUUCAAGCGAGGCCCUGCUCUGAACAAGAAGGAAAACAGAGGGUGCGACAGCCCAGACCCUGACACCUCAUAUGUGCUCACGCCACAUACAGAAGAAAAAUAUAAAAAAAUUAAUGAAGAGUUUGAUAAUAUGAUGCGGAAUCAUAAAAUCGCACCUGGGUUGCCUCCGCAGAACUUCUCCAUGUCGGUCACGGUUCCUGUGUCCAGUCCCAAUUCUUUAACCUACAGCCACCCUGGGACCUCCCUUGUCUCUCCGGCACUGGCCGCCAGCUCUACUUUGACGGACACCACCAUGCUGACCCCUCCUCAAGCCUCCUUGCACCGAAACGUAUCGCCUGGGGGUCCCCAAAGGCCAUCCAGCACAGGCAGCGCAAGUGGUAUGUUGACCACAACAGAUCUCUCAGUGCCAAAUGGAGCUGUUUCGAGUCCAGUGGGGAAUGGCUUUGUGAACUCCCGAGCUUCGCCAGGCCUGCUGAGCAGCACUGGGAGUGGGAACGGCCUGAGCAAAGUGAUGCCUACCAAAUCCCCCCCUCCGCCCGGAGGAGGCAACCUUGGAAUGAACAGCCGAAAGCCAGACCUCCGGGUUGUCAUCCCACCAUCCAGCAAAGGCAUGAUGCCUCCAUUGAACACACAACGGCUAACCAGUUCUCAGUCUACACAACCUCUUGCCACACCGGUUGUGUCUGUGACAACUCCAAGCUUACCUCCGCAGGGACUGGUGUAUUCUGCUAUGCCUACCGCCUACAACACUGAUUACUCUUUGACUAGCGCAGACCUGUCAACCCUCCAGGGAUUUAACUCCCCAGGAAUGCUGUCAUUGGGACAAGUAUCUGCCUGGCAACAGCAUCACCUAGGACAGGCAGCCCUUACUUCUCUCGUGGCUGGAGGCCAACUCUCUCAGGGUUCCAGUUUAUCCAUUAACACCAACCAAAAUAUUAACAUCAAGUCUGAACCGAUUUCCCCUCCUCGAGAAAGAGUGACUCCGUCCACGUUCCCGCAGCAGCAACAACAGCAACAGGCUCCGCAGCAGCAGCAGGCGCAGCAGCAGCAGCAGCAGGCGACAUCGCGGCAGGACAUGGGUCGCUCUCCUGUCGACAGCCUGAGCAGUUCCAGCAGUUCGUAUGACGGCAGCGACCGAGAGGACCCUCGAGGCGACUUCCACUCACCCGUCGCGCUGGGAAGGCCCCCCAACGCGGAAGACCGGGAGAGCCCCACCGUGAAGCGGAUGCGGAUGGACACUUGGGUGACCUAAUCCUUGCUCCUCCUCCUCCUUGGGUUUCUACACUUGAGUUCUACCAGAGGACAGUCCUGACAUAUCUAAAUUUAUAAAUAAGGACAUGAAAUAAAUAUUUAUAUGUAUAUAUACAUACAUGCAUAUAUAUAUCUUUGUAUACAUAUAUAUGUGUGAGUGUGUGUAGCGGAGACACGAAAAGCAGCAAUCAGCAGGCACUUAAUACCGACUCCUUGUAUAGCAGCUCCAGGUGCUCUGUGGUGUUCAGAGAUAGAGCAGAAGAACCCUCGUAGGCUGCGAUCUAGCCUGGCACUUACUCUCUGGACGAUGUUCCUCAAAUGAGAACACGUUCCCCUUAUGUAACCUCCCAAACGAAAGUGGCAGAAGCUCGAGGGCUUACCUGUAGUCGUCGUUCCCAGUGUGUGUUUUCCAACAACCGUGUGGUAUCCUGUAGUUAUCCUUACGCUUUGUAGCAGCAGAGCAGUAGAAAAGAGAAAGCAAUACUGUACAUAGAAGGACCUCUAUUACUACUACUACUACUUCUACUACUACUACCCAGUCUAGCAUGGGUCUCUCUUGCAAAGAGUGCAUGGAGAAGGGCUGGCAUUAUUUUACAGAAAAA